CGCGCCCGCGGCGGGAACGAAAAGGGGCUUGGCCGGUGCGAGGUAGGGGGUCCUGAGAGAAAACAAAUUGUCAGAGAGGAUGAGUGAUGCCAGAGGACUUCGCUGGUGGUUGAUUUAGGGAAAGAGACUCUUGGGCGUCAGGAGUUGUCGGAGGUGAGAACAGCGGGGACAGGCUCCGUGAGGAGGUGUAGCAAUCCGAGGUCGGAUUCGUGUUGGAGUCCCAUGGGACCGAAGAAUCAGGGUCGGAAAAGGCCAAGAUGGUGUAGAAGGCACGAGGGGCUGCUACUGGGAAAGGCAGAGCUUUGGUAGGAAGACUGCCUUUGCCAAUUGGGUGAGCGCAUGUGGAAACUAGGUGGACCGAGACAUUGCAAAGUGGUGAGGGUUUAGGGUCAGACACAGUGACCAUCCUUGCCACAUGCGCCUGGCGCAUGGGAAUGCCCAGCAUGAGUGGCUGUCAUCAAUAGUAAGAGAGGACGUAGAAGAAGAAGAAAAAGCAAAACAAACACGACAACUGGUGGUGAUGGGAAGGCCUUGUCCCCUCCACCAGAGGAAAAUGCUGCUGCUACUUGUCUGCUCCUCUUGAACCUCCAGGUUUCUGGUUUCUGUCACAUUGCCCCAUGGAGGACCCGCCCCGCUCAUUCAGCUGCUCUGAUUGUCAGCGUCAUUUUCCUAGCCUCCCAGAACUCUUGAGACACCGAGAACUACUCCAUCCAUCUCCCAAUCAGGACAGUGAAGAGACUGACAGUAUUCCUCGGCCCUACCGCUGUCAGCAGUGUGGGCGGGGCUACCGUCACCCAGGGAGUCUGGUCAACCAUCGCCGUACCCAUGAGACUGGCCUUUUCCCCUGUAUCACCUGUGGCAAAGACUUUACCAAUCCCAUGGCCCUCAAGAGCCACAUGAGGACUCAUGCUCCUGAGGGCCGCCGCAGACGAAGGCCCCCUCGCCCCAAGGAAGCUACUCCACAUCUCCAGAGUGAGACAGUGUCUGGUGACUCUUGGGGCCAGAGACUUGGGCCUGGGGAAGACUGGGAAAACCAGACAAAACAUGCUAAAGAAACCCCUGACUGUGAAUCUGGGCCUGACCCCAGGGCAGCUCCAGGUACUUGGGAAGAUCCACCCACCAGGCAAAGAGAAGGCUGGGAAAGCCAGCCAGAUCCUGAGGGGGAAAUGGAGGCUUGGGACCCCACCACCAACUCGACUGCCAGAGCCCCACCUCUACCCACCCCAGCCAGCAGCCUCCUUAGCAAUUUAGAGCAGUAUUUAGCAGAAUCAGUAGUGAACUUUACAGGGAGCCAGGAGUCUACUCAGUCCCCUCCUGCUGAGGAGGAGAGGAGAUACAAGUGCAAUCAGUGUGGUAAAACCUAUAAGCAUGCCGGGAGCCUCACCAACCACCGCCAGAGCCACACCCUGGGCAUCUAUCCUUGUGCCAUCUGCUUUAAGGAGUUCUCUAACCUCAUGGCUCUGAAGAACCAUUCCCGACUCCACGCCCAGUAUCGGCCAUACCACUGUCCCCACUGUCCCCGUGCCUUCCGGCUUCCCCGGGAGCUGCUGGAACACCAGCAGUCCCAUGAUGCGGAAAGGCAAGAGGAGCCAUGGGGAGAAAAGGGGAUGCCCAUCACCAAUGGACAUACAAAUGACAGCAGCCGGGACCAAUUAGAGAUGCUGAAUGGCUCUGGAGAGCUGGAAGAUGGAGGUUUGGAGGAAUAUCGGCCUUUCCGUUGUGGGGACUGUGGCCGAACUUACCGACAUGCUGGGAGCCUCAUCAACCAUCGAAAGAGUCAUCAAACGGGUGUGUACCCCUGCUCGGUCUGUUCCAAGCAGUUGUUCAAUGCAGCGGCUCUCAAAAACCAUGUUCGGGCUCAUCACAGACCCCGGCAAGGAGCUGGGGAAGAUGGGCAGACAUCUGUGCCAGUAGCUGGUGUUAGAGACCUGGGGUCGGACACCAACUGCAAGGAGGGAGAAGUCCCCACCAGUAUCCUGGACCAUCGCCCCUACAAGUGUGCUGAGUGUGGCCGGGCUUAUCGCCACCGGGGAAGCCUAGUGAACCACCGCCACAGCCACCGGACAGGAGAGUACCAGUGCUCGCUCUGUCCCCGCAAGUACCCCAACCUCAUGGCCCUGCGCAACCAUGUGCGAGUACAUUGCAAGGCUGCUCGCCAACGUGCAGGCCCAGGGACUGAGGCUGAAGAGCCUCCCGGCUGCACCAACAGGAAGAUCCUCCCUGAGCCAGCGGGAACAGAGGCAGCUCCCCACAGGGAGCAGGCACAUGUCUGCAAAGAUGAAGAGGGGACCCCCAGUGUCUGUGACAUGGAGAGCCUCGAAUAUCACUGUGUGACUCACAGGGCAGAGGAAGGGGAGAAUAGCAGGACAGAGACCACCGCAUCUUCACCUCGGACAUUCGCUUGCCGAGAUUGUGGAAAGAGCUACCGCCACUCGGGCAGCCUUAUCAACCACAGACAGACCCACCAGAUAGGAGACUUCAGUUGUGGGGCCUGUGCCAAGCACUUCCACACCAUGGCUGCCAUGAAGAGCCACUUGCGACGCCAUAGCCGGCGACAGAGCCGGCGGCAUCAGAAGCAGGCUAGCAGUACUGGCGGAGGAGAGGCCAAACUCCCACCAGCAGAACUACCAGCAGGAACCUGGGCCCAGGAAUUGGAGGACAGUGAGGGCCUGGACCCUUCCCAAGAGCCUUUGGAGGAUAGUCCUUGUGUGACUGAAGACAACACAGAAAGUGACAGGGACUGUUUCCAGGCUGAAUUGGAAAACAAUAAAUGUGAGCUUGAGAGGGAUGAAGCCUGUUUCCAGGGUGAUGAGGAAAGCAGAGGCCCUGAGGAAGAGCUGGAAAGGAAGAAAGCCUGUUUCCUUAACAACUUGGGCAUUCCAGUUGAUGAGGAAGGCAGUGGAACUGACUUUUGUGAUGGCCUCACUGGGUUGGCCGAAGACCAUAAACCCUCCACUAACCAGACCAACUCGUCUUCCCAACCCAUAGAGACCGACCUCGACUGGCAGGUUGAGGUUGCUCAUACGUGUUCUGACUGUGGGCAUUCCUUCCCCCAUGCCACUGGGCUGCUCAACCACAGGCCCUGCCACCCACCAGGCAUCUAUCAGUGUUCCCUCUGCCCAAAGGAAUUUGAUUCUCUGCCUGCCCUUCGCAAUCACUUCCAGAACCAUGGCCCUGGGGAGGCAGCCGCGGCCCAGCCAUUCCUUUGCUCCCUGUGUGGUAUGAUCUUUCCUGGGCGGGCUGGCUACAGGCUUCACCAGCGCCAGGUUCACAAUGCUUCUGGCAUGACUGAGGGCUCAGAGGAAGAGGGGGAAGAAGGAGCAGCAGAGACAGCUUCUACCCACAGCCCUCUGCUACAGCUCUCAGAAGCAGAGCUGCUGAACCAGCUGCAACGGGAGGUGGAGGCGCUGGGCGGCACAGGUUAUGGACACAUUUGUGGCUGCUGUGGUCAGACCUACGAUGACCUGAGGAGCCUAGAGCGUCACCAUCAGAGUCAGAGUUCUGAGACUCCCUCCGACAAGGAUCCCAGCCACAUGGGAGCGGUUGACGAUGCCACAGAGAUGGUUGCCGGCGUUAUCUCUGAGGGCACCUCUGUCUCCGGAGAAGAUGGAGACACCAAGUCUGAAGAGGGAAUAGAUGACAGCAUUGCAGACAGCCUUUGCAUGCAGGUGGAUGAAAGUUUUCUGCAAGCCCAGCCCCGCCCCUUCCGCUGCAAUCAGUGUGGCAAGACCUAUCGCCAUGGGGGUAGCCUGGUCAACCACCGCAAGAUCCACCAGACUGGAGACUUUGUCUGUCCCGUCUGCUCCCGCUGCUACCCCAACCUGGCUGCCUACCGCAAUCACCUGCGGAACCACCCUCGCUGUAAAGGCUCUGAACCCCAGGUGGGGCCCAUCCCAGAGGCGGAAGGUGGCAGUGAACCCCAGAACAUGGCAGAAGAGGGACUAGAGCAAGCAGAAGAGGGACAGCCCCUGGAAGAACUGAAAGUGGAGUCCCCGGAGGAGGUGGCCAUGGUGAAGGAAGAGGCAUGGGAGGAGACCACGGUGAAAGGGGAGGAGAUGGAGUUGAGGCUGGAGACGGCAGAGAAGGGCUGUCAGACGGAGACCAGCUCUGAGCGGCCCUUCAGCUGUGAAGUGUGUGGUCGCUCAUACAAGCAUGCUGGCAGCCUCAUCAAUCACCGGCAGAGCCACCAGACCGGCCACUUUGGCUGCCAGGCCUGCUCUAAAGGUUUUUCAAACCUCAUGUCUCUUAAGAACCACCGGCGCAUCCACGCAGACCCUCGGCGUUUCCGCUGCAGCGAAUGUGGGAAAGCCUUUCGCCUGCGGAAGCAGCUGGCCAGCCACCAGCGGGUCCACACUGAGCGGCAUGGGGCCGGCACCACGCGGAAGCUGACCCGGGAAGAUCGGCCCUUCCGGUGUGGGCAGUGUGGGCGGACCUAUCGCCAUGCCGGCAGCCUCCUCAAUCACCGGCGAAGCCACGAGACAGGCCAAUACAGCUGCCCUUCCUGCCCCAAGACCUAUUCCAACCGCAUGGCCCUGAAGGACCACCAGAGGCUGCACUCAGAGAGUCGGCGGCGGCGUGCUGCACGGUCGCGGCGGACAGCCAUGCGCUGUGCCCUUUGUGGCUGCAGCUUUUCUGGCCGGGGAUCUCUUGAGCGGCACCUGCGGGAGCAUGAGGAGACCAGAAAGCUGGCUAGUGAUCAGGGCGGUGCCAGUGGCACAGAGGACAGUGAAGGGAACUUGACUGGUGGGGGACUAGAGGGCAGAUCAGGUGGUCCUGAGUCAGUCUCACAACUGGAGGAGGGAGCCAGGAAUCCAGGAGGGCACAGUCUGAGGCCCAGUAGGGAAGCUAUCUCAGAAGCCCCAGAGCCACUGUCGUGGGGUGUGGAAAAGGCAGAUGAGUGGCAAGGAGAGAGGGGGCUAGAGAAGCCCAGUGAAGGUUGUGUUCCUCAGGGUCGUGUAUUAACCACGCCAGAAGGCAAGUCAGGGGAAAGCAUCCCCAGUCAUCUUUGCCACUUUGCUGACACCCAGUCCAAUGGACCUAGUGUGAGUUAUGUGGAAAGCUGGGACAAUGGAGACAGCGGCUCUCAGCUCCAGCUGGAGAGCCAGUCUUAUUCCUGCAGCCAGUGUGGCAAGACCUAUUUCCAGCCAGAAGGCCUCUCGAACCACAACACCCACAAAACAGACCACCGCUAUUGCCUACUCUGUUCCAAGGAGAUCUUAAAUCCCAUGGCCACUAAGAGCCAUAGCCACAACCAUAUGGCCGCCCAGACUUUUGCCUGCCCUGACUGUGGUAAGACCUUUCAGGCCCACCGUGAACUGGCCACACACCUGCAGGUUCAUUCCAGGAACCACAGUCAGGUGCCAAGUCAGAUAGAGGAGGCCAGAAGCCCCCAAGCUGGAACUGUUGAAGACAGGGUGGUUCUCCCUGGUCUGGAAAAAGCUCAAGAGGCCCCAGCAGACUCUCCCAAAGCCCCAGGAGAGAAUGGUGAGCCAGCUAGUGAAGGACAAGGAGUAAGUUCUAUGGCAGCUGAAGACAAGGAGCGGCCCUUCCGCUGUGCCCAGUGUGGGCGUUCCUACCGCCAUGCUGGCAGCCUGCUGAACCACCAGAAGGCCCACACUACUGGACUCUAUCCCUGCUCCCUGUGCCCCAAACUUCUCCCCAAUCUGCUCUCUCUCAAGAAUCAUGGCAGGACUCACACGGACCCCAAGCGCCACCGCUGCAGUACCUGUGGCAAAGCCUUCCGGACAGCUGCCCGGCUGGAGGGCCAUGGACGGGUCCAUGCACCCCGGGAGGGGCCUUUCACUUGCCCUCACUGUCCCCGCCACUUCCGCCGCCGAAUCAGCUUUCUGCAGCACCAGCAGCAGCACCAGGAGGAGUGGCCAGUGGCCAGCUCUGGAGCCCCAGUGACACCAGCAGCAGGUAGAGGAGGCUUGUCACUGCCCCCUCCAGCCACCCCUUCAGCCCCACUCCUGGACCCUUCACCCCAGUGGCCUGCAGACCUCAGCUUCUCCCUCUGAACU